AUGGCUGCCGACGAUGUCUCACAGACUUCGGAGCAGCAGCUGCGCACUCUUCAGUUCAAGGACAAAGUGUCUCUGCUCAACAAAGAAUUCAUACGGCAACUACAGGAAUGGUACAAGCAAUGCGCUCACUAUGAUUUUUCGAAUUCGGUCAAGUCUUAUUUGGAACAUAUGAAGAGGCUGGAUGAAAUGUAUUCUGGAAAGCCCUCGGUGAAAUCUGCGGAUAGUUCUGCAACUCCAGUAGCAUCGACAUCAACGCGGGUGAUAGCGAAGGCUAAACGUCGGUUAUCUAAUGCAGGAAAAGAUAGCGAAUUGAACGAUUCCGUUAAAGUCUCAACACCAGCUGGUGCUCCGCCUCGCUUCAGCUUGGGAGGAAACGUUUCGGUGAUCAAGCCAAAUCUGGACGCUACACUGACCGCAGCAACCCCUAAAGCAAAUGAUACAGCCGCCACAUCGGGAACGGCUACUGCUGCUGCAAGUGGUGCUGGUGGAGGAAGGAAAAGAGCAAUUCGUGGUGGCGGACCAAUGGGUGGAGCUGAAACUGUAGUAUUUCGCGGUACUGACUCAUCCAGUGUUUCUUCUGUGCAUGUGCCUCUUCCAACCACAACCUUACCGAAGCCAACACCAGGAUUUUGGUCUAGUCAGAAGAAGGAUGCUAAUGAGAAUGAGAGUGCGAAGCCAUUGAGCAGCGAAUCAAAUAACAAAGAGGAUUCCAAAAAAGAGCAGGACAAGAACUAUUUAACUGUUCCGACUGUAUCCUUUGGCAAUGGCAAACCAUUCUCCUUUGCUGCAGCAAAAGAUGAUAAGUCAGCAACUCCGGAGGGAUCUUCGGAUGAUAAAAAGAAGGCUGAUACCACGGAACCGGAGAAGAAAAAAACUGUUCCGACUGUAUCCUUCGGCAAUGGCAAACCAUUCUCCUUUGCUGCAGCAAAAGAUGAUAAGUCUGCAACCCCGGAGGGAUCCUCAGAUGAUAAAAAGAAGGCUGAUACUACGGAACCGGAGAAGAAGAAACCAUUAACUUUCCCUAGCUUCGGUGCGAAGAAAGAUGAAGAGACGUCCGAGAAAAAGUAA